CUUUGUCACCAUCCACACACCCUGAGAUUUUUUUCCUAAUAUCACACGUUUCAGGCGGUCCACAGUCUUCAAGAAAUCUCCAGAUCUCACGUUCCAAUCGUGAAACUACUAGUCGGGAGAAAUCACACACCGAUGAAAAAUCAAGUUAAUAUUUUUUCUAAAUGCACGCACAGAAAUAGGAAAAUAAAAUAAUCUUGUGAGAAAAAGCCAAGAUGCUUAAAAUAAUUUAUUCGUGGGGCUGAAAUCUUUACUUCACUGACUGUGAAGUCGAAUUGGAAAACAUCCGAGGCAUCAUAACUAUGCAGAAUUGAGUUUACAGUCUUUUUUCAUGGCCUCAGUAAGAUUAUUUCAGUGUUGGAAUCGUCUGCCAGUUCAGUACAACAAUGAGCAGUUGCAAUUUGGCCCUUUCAGAGUAUGCCCAGGCAAAAGUCGAAUAUGCUUUAUGCCAUACGAGGGUUUUGGAUCGCCAAAUGGCAGCGUCUCUUUCACGCGAGGUUCGAUUCGCUCUUUGAGUGCGGGCGUCUUGCCUUCCGAAAGAGUGGAGAAAAUGGGAUCACAGCGUGGAGAGGGCAAUAUGGUGCUUCAAAUCAGGUUGGAUCAUCAAGUUCGUUUUGGUGAACAUCAUGCUAUUUUUGGAUCAACACAAACCUUGGGAUCUUGGAAGAAGAAGCUGAUGAUGUCAUGGACCGAGUCUGGAUGGAUUUUGGAUCUGGAAACUAGAGGCGGGGAGAGAGUGGAGUUCAAAUUUGUGAUUGUUGGAAAAGAUGGAAAACUAAAAUGGGAAGGGGGCAAUAACCGGGUUUUAGAAUUUCCUAAGGAAGGAAGUUAUGAAAUUGUAUGUCACUGGGAUAAGACACAAGAAGCUUUGAAUUUGCAAAGAACAGAUCGUGUAGUAGCGGCAUCAAAGACUUUGGAUGUAAAAAAGGAAGUAAAUUUGGGAAAUGGCAGGCCUGCAGUUGAUAUUUAUAAGAAAAAUGGCGAGGCCAGUCCCUUUGUUCAAGGAUGGCAAGGUAAGGAGAUCAGUUUUAUGAGGUCUAAUGAGCAUACCAACAGAGAAAGGGAAAGGAGCUGGAAUACUUCAGGUUUAGAGGGAUCAGCUAAAAAGCUGGUGGAAGGCGACCAGAAUUCAAGGAAUUGGUGGCGCAAGCUAGAAGUUGUGCGUGACCUUUUGACAAGUGAAAUGGGAAAGACAACUCGCUUGGAGACACUUAUUAAUGUUGCAAUCUACCUAAAGUGGAUUAACACAGGUCAAAUUCCCUGCUAUGAGGAUGGAGGCCAUCACAGGCCAAACAGACAUGCUGAAAUAUCUAGACUUAUUUUUCGUGAGCUGGAAAGGAUUUCGACAGAGUCGAGUACAACAGCUAAGGAAAUUCUUGUGAUUCGGAAGGUGCAUCCUUGCUUGCCUUCUUUCAAGUCAGAAUUUACUGCAUCUGUUCCAUUGACACGCAUAAGAGAUAUUGCCCAUCGGAAUGAUAUUCCUCAUGACCUAAAGCAAGAAAUCAAGCAUACAAUACAAAACAAGCUUCAUCGUAAUGCUGGUCCAGAAGAUCUGAUUGCAACAGAGGCAAUGCUUGCAAGAAUAACGAGGAAACCAGGAGAGUAUAAUGAAGCAUUUGUGGAGCAAUUCAAGAUUUUCUUCAAUGAGCUGAAAGACUUUUUCAAUGCUGGAAGUCUUACUGAACAACUUGAAUCAAUCCAAGCAUCAUUGGAUGAACAAAGUGUGUCGACUUUAAGAGUUUUUCUUGAUUCCAAAAAGAGAAUGGAUGAUGCAGAACUGUCAACCAAUGGUUCUCCAGGUACUGGUACAGAACAGUUGAUUAGGACUUUACAUUCUCUAACAGGAUUGAGAGCAAUGCUUGUGAAAGGCCUUGAAAGUGGCCUGAGGAAUGAUGCGUCUGACACUGCCAUUGCCACCCGUCAAAAGUGGCGGCUCUCUGAAAUUGGCCUGGAAGACUACUCGUUUGUCCUUUUGAGCAGGUUUGUGAAUGCUCUAGAAAGUGGAGGAGGACCAUCUUGGCUUGCUCGAGAAGCAAGAUUUAGAAAUGCAUCUAGCUGGGAUCAUCCUGUAGGAGCACUUGUGACUGGGAUUCGUCAACUUGGGCUUUCUGGUUGGCAGCAAAAAGAGUGUAUAGCAAUUGAAAAUGAGUUGCAAACCUGGCAAAAGAUGGGAAUUUCUGAAACAGAAGGAAAGGAGGAUGGUAUCACUAUCUGGGCAUUGAGACUCAAGGCUACAUUGGACAGAGCACGAAGACUUGCUGAAGCCUAUUCAGAUUCUCUUCUACAACUUUUCCCUGAAAGAGUUCAGAAACUAGGAAAUAGUUUUGGAGUCCCAGAGAACACAGUGAGAACUUACACAGAAGCUGAAAUUCGUGCAAGUGUUGUUUUCCAGGUUUCCAAACUUUGCUCUCUACUAUUGAAGGCAGUGCGAUCUUUAUCAGGGGGUCAUGGUUGGGACACUUUAGUUCCUGGAAAGGCUAUUGGCACUCUAGUAGAGGUAGAGAGAAUUGUUCCAGGUUCUUUGCCUGGAGCUCAUGCAGGACCAGUUAUUCUGCUUGUCAAAAAAGCUGAUGGUGACGAGGAGGUAAAGGCAGCAGGAGAAAACAUUGUAGGAGUUGUACUUUUGCAUGAAAUGCCUCAUUUAUCACAUCUAGGUGUGAGGGCACGACAAGAAAAUGUGGUCUUUGUGACAUGUGAAGAUGAAGAAAAAAUUGUUGAACUUCACAAACUUACUAGAAAAUCUGUCAAGUUGGAAGCUUCAGCUGAGGCUGUAAAUGUAUUGGCAUCAUCUUCCUCCGAUAGGCAGAAAGAGGUAGUAACUGUGGGUGACAAAUUCACUGAACUUCAUUCUACCAAAUCACCCAAAACACGUUCAUUUUUUCAAAACCAGGUAGUUGCAAGUCCUGGAGGUGUCAUGCUAGAUCUUUCUAAAGCUGAUAUUGACAGAGCUGGUGCAAAGGCUGCUUCUUGUGGGAAGCUAGCAACAUUAGCUGACCUCAGUAGGAAAGUCUAUAGUGACCAGGGUAUUCCUGCAUCAUUCUGUGUGCCAGAAGGGAGAGUUAUACCUUUUGGGGCCAUGGAGUCCUCCCUUGAAGCUAGUAAAUCUUUGGAAAAGUUCCAAUUGCUUCUUGAAAAGGUUCAAAAUGCAAAAGUAGAAGGGGGCGAGUUGGAUCACUUAUGCUCUGAAUUGCAAGCAUUAGUUGCAGCUCAAAAACCACCAAAGUCCAUCAUAGAAAACAUUGCUAAAUGUUUCCCAUCGGAUGCAAGGCUCAUUGUUAGAUCAAGUGCUAAUGUUGAGGAUUUGGCUGGUAUGUCUGGAGCUGGUCUUUAUGACUCUAUACCAAAUGUAAGGGCUUCAAACCCAGAGGUAUUUGCAAGUGCAGUUGCACGUGUCUGGGCAUCAUUGUACACUCGGAGGGCCGUUCUUAGUCGAAGAAUUGCUGGCGUGCCACAAAGACAAGCAUCUAUGGCUGUCUUGGUCCAGGAAAUGCUCUCUCCUCAACUUUCCUUUGUAUUGCACACUGUUAGUCCUAUUGAUCGGGAUGAUAAAGUAGUGCAAGCAGAAAUUGCUGCAGGAUUAGGUGAAACACUUGCAUCUGGUACUAGGGGAACACCUUGGCGUCUAGCUGCCAAUAAAUUUGAUGGAAAGGUAAAAACAUUAGCCUUUGCGAAUUUCAGUGAGGAACUAGUGGUAAUAGCUGGUGGCCCUGCUGAUGGCAAAGUUAUGGGGUUAACUGUUGACUAUACUAAAAAGCCUCUUUCUGUGGAUCCAAUUUUUCGCCAUCAAUUUGGGCAGCGAUUGGCCACAACAGGAUUCUUUCUAGAGCAGAAAUUUGGUUGCCCUCAGGAUGUAGAGGGAUGCUUAGUAGGUAAUGAUAUCUAUAUUGUUCAGACACGGCCCCAACCCUGAGGAAUUGCAUGCCCUCAUAUGGUUCUUGUUUUGACAAUAAAUGGAACAGGAUAUUACAUUAUUUCCAUGCCAAUAUAAUUGCACUAUAUAUUUUCUUGA